AUGUUUCGGAUUUGGCCGCGUUACUUCGAAGAAGCGGUUGGCAACGAGUCUGAAGCCUUUCUCAGGGAAUCGAUUGCUCCCGUAACAACGAACUGUGGCUCAGCCUUUAUAAAAACAGACUAUCAAUCAUUACAAGUGAUAACAGCAGCGACAGGAGAGUUAUCGCUAGGCCCUCCAGAGAUACAUUCGCGGCAGCUACGACUUAGAAUUUCACCCAUAAUUCUGGCCAGAGACCAGCUCGCCGACGGGACGCAGUGCUUCUUGGUCUCGCUGACAGAAGGCAGAGAUGGUCAUCAGUGUCUCGCGCUCUUCUCUGAUUCGUCUCCUCCCUGUACGCCACGCCUGUCCUCAGCCGCCCACGCCCUCACACGGCCCUCGCAGGACCAUCACCAGCUUCCAAGGGCUGCAGGGUCUCGCGCAGCCAUGGCGGGUAUGACUGUGACUUCCGCCCUUUUUCCUCCUGAUAAAAAAGGCGAGGAGGUGGAGCUCCACCUGGAGGCUCUCCAGCGAUGGCACGACGAUACCAAACUCCUGUGGGAGGUGAGAACCCCUCCUCGAGGCCUCAAGGAUCACACUCGAGAACAAGUGACAGAACUUGUAGAAACUCUGAUCGAGGAGAAAAUGCUGGACAUACGCCGAGGCUCCAUCUAUUAGGCGGAGGCUGGGCUCUGAGCUCCAUCUGUUAGGCGGAGGCUGGGCUCUGAGCUCCAUCUAUUAGGCGGAGGCUGGGCUCUGAGCUCCAUCUGUUAGGCGGAGGCUGGGCUUUGAGCUCCAUCUGUUAGGCGGAGGCUGGGCUCUGAGCUCCAUCUGUUAGGCGGAGGCUGGGCUCUGAGCUCCAUCUGUUAGGCGGAGGCUGGGCUUUGAGCUCCAUCUGUUAGGCGGAGGCUGGGCUCUGAGCUCCAUCUAUUAGGCGGAGGCUGGGCUCUGAGCUCCAUCUGUUAGGCGGAGGCUGGGCUCUGAGCUCCAUCUGUUAGGCGGAGGCUGGGCUCUGAGCUCCAUCUGUUAGGCGGAGGCUGGGCUCUGAGCUCCAUCUGUUAGGCGGAG